AUGCUAGACACAGCUAGCAAUGGGAACUUCCUCAACCAGGAUGUGGAUGAUGGCUGGCAGCUUGUGGAGAACAUAGCAAACUCCAAUGGAAGCUAUGGAGAAGAGUAUGAUCGCACCAAUCGGAGCUCGACCCACCACUCGAUCGAGUCAGAUGAGAAAUUGAGAAAAGAUGUUAAGGCAUUGAAUGAGAAGUUGGAUAAGCUGAUCUUAGCUCAGUCCACAAUGAAGAAAGUCAACUUUGUGUCUGCUGAAGAGAUGGAACCAGUCCAAGAAGGGGAGGAUACACAAUUUGCUGAGGUGUGCUACAUGAGCAAUGGGCAAGGAGGUUACAACAAAGGAUACUAUAAUUACAAGUCCAACCCUGCCAUGUCAUACCGAAACACUGAUGUUGCUAACCCUCAGGACCAAGUCUAUCCUCAACAACAGCAAGCUCGAUCGAGUCAAGCCACAACAUGGGUAUGGUCAAAAGAACAAUUACCAAGGACCCCAAGGGACUUUUCCUGGUCAGCAAAUGAAUAUCCCACCUGGCUUCCCCACCAACCACCCCAGCCUGCACCUACGCAAGAGAAUGAGCUCAAGGCAAUGCUGAAACAACUACUUCAAGGGCAAGCUGAUGGUGUAGUGGACACAAGCAAGAAGCUAGCUGAAAUCAACUCCAAGAUCGAGAAUCUCAACACAAGGUUUACUCUCUGGAGAAUCAUGCUUCUUCUGUUGCUGCUGCUACAAAGCAAGGACAACUACCUGGUAAAGCUAUUCAGAACCCCAAGGAACAGUGCAAGAAGUGCAGCACCUACUGUGGCCAUUCACACUUCACCAGUUGAGCUCGCACAACAAGCUCGAUCGGCAGCUCGAUCGAGUCGAACUCUAGCUCGAUCGAGUCCGACCUCAUCUGUCCAAAGCCUUUUGCUUGAUCCUUACCAACCGGUUGCCGCUUCCUCGUCUCGCCUACUUAGUCAAGGUCACAAGGAAGUGAUUCACAAGUUCAGAAGAGAUCUCAGUGGGAUUGGAAUUGAGUUGCCUCCUAUGGAUAGCAUGAUUCAACCUGCUUACUUCACCACUUUCCUACCAAAGGUCAAGGAUCAAGGGAAAUUCACUCUCCCUUGCACACUUGGGCAUCUUGAGCUUGACAAUGCCUUAGUGGAUUCUGGAGCAAGCAUCAAUCUGAUCUCUCUCUCAAUGGCAGAGAAGCUAGGCAUUGCUGGAGCCUUGCAGCGCCCUACUACUUCAAUCAUGUUUGGAGAUGCAACUUCUAAGUCUCCUCUUGGAGUGUUCAAGAACUAUCACUUGAAAAUUGGAGAAUGCAUCAUCCAAACUGAUCUUACUGUCAUGGAGAUGGAAGAAGAGAAGGAUCUACCUACAACAGAUCAUGGAUGGCCAGAAGAGAAACACUAA